GUGUGUGGUAUGCAAUUGCUCGAAUGGUCUGGACUACAAGGCGAUGGGGAAGAUCUUCAAAGGAUUCGAUCAGUCUAGAGCUGAGGCUACUUCGACGAGUUCGAUUGAAUCGAGCAGGAAGUACUUUCAAUGAUUGCACAGCAGAUUAUCGAGUACAACACCGAUUUCAAAUUUUAUAUUACCACGCGCCUGCGGAAUCCUCAUUACUUGCCAGAGAAUAUUCAAGAAAGGCAGACAUUUCAUAGCAGAGAUCCGUCCUCUUCUUCUGCAUCUCAGAGCUGACAAACAUUGACCCGAUGUAUCAGUACUCUCUAGUGUGGUUUAUUCACCUGUACAUCAUGGCAAUAGCCAACAGCGAGCAAACUUCGAACUUGGCUGUCCGGAUAAAAAGCAUGAACACGUACUUCACUGCCAGCAUCUACGGAAACGUGUGCCGGUUCUUAUUUGAGAAGGACAAGCUAAUAUUCUCCUAUGUCCUGUGCGUUGGUCUAAUGCGUGCAGCUCACGAAUUGGAAGAAAAUCUUUGGACGUUCUUGUUAACUGGCGGAGUAGCGUUGGACAAUCCUUUCCCUAAUCCAGAUUCGUCUUGGUUGACUGAUUGACGGCGAAUUAGUAUUCUACAAUUACAGCUCUUCUUAAAUGAUUAUGAAAAAGUGCCUUUUGACGCGCUUCUUUAUCUUACUGGCGAAUGCAAUUAUGGUGGACGCGUUACAGAUGAUAAAGACAGACGUCUAUUGAAUUCCUUACUUCAAGGGUUCUACAAUGCCGCAGUUAUCACUCAGCAAGAAUACUGUUUUUCACCAAGUUGUAUGUACCGUAUGCCUCUAAAUACCGAGCAUCAAGCUUGUGUAGCAUACAUUCGAAGUUUGCCAAUUGAUCAGCACCCCGAGGUCUAUGGUCUACACGAGAAUGCGGAUAUAACGAAGGAUAAUCAGGAGUCUAUGCAACUGCUCGAUGGAGCUUUACUAACACAGCCACAGAUUACUGGUGUUGGGGUCGAGCGAGACGUGGACGCUAUGGUUUUUAAUUUAUGCGACGAUAUUCUAUCUAAAAUGAGAUUGCCCUUCGACGUUGUGGAAGUGGCUAAGAACUAUCCAGUGCUUUACAUGAACAGCAUGAAUACGGUUCUUCGGCAGGAGCUGAUCAGAUUCAAUAACUUGUUGCUCGUUAUUAGAAACACCUUGGCGGACACGCAAAAAGCCAUCAAAGGCUUGGUUCUAAUGUCAGCAGAGUUAGAAGAGGUUUCAACGAGCAUGAGCAUCGGCAAAGUGCCUGGAGCUUGGAAUAAAAGGUCCUAUCCGUCCUUGAAACCGCUCGGAAGCUAUGUAAAUGAUUUAAUUGAGAGAUUAGAGUUCUUUCAAAACUGGAUAGACUUCGAUGCACCAAAUGUGUUCUGGAUAUCCGGUUUCUUCUUUACUCAAUCGUUCCUCACCGGCGUCUUGCAGAACUUCGCGCGUAAAAAUAAAAUUCCAAUCGACAGGGUGGACUUCGAAUUUGAAGUGACUGCAUUCGAAACCAGCGUGAACACUGCACCAUCCUAUGGAGUAUACAUAAAGGGCUUAUUUUUAGAAGGUGCUAGAUGGAAUAGAGAAGAAAAGACAAUAGAUGAGUCAAAGCUCAAAAUAAUGUUUGAUGUUUUACCAAUAAUAUGGCUACAGCCUGGUGAAAAAGCCCAAUUUAUUGCUAAAUCUGUGUAUCAUUGCCCGGUAUAUAAGACAAGCGCAAGACGUGGCGUUUUAGCUACCACUGGUCAUUCAUCCAACUUUGUUUUAUACAUUUUACUUUUGACAAUAGUUAGUGAAUCUCACUGGAUUAAAAGAGGAGCAGCAUCUUUAUGUCAACUUGACGAUUGAUAGAUCUAUAUUUAUAUGAAAAUCAAGGAGAGACAAAUAAAUAGAGAAACACAUAAUAAAAAUUUGUCAAAUAAUAUAAUUGAUAUUGUAACAUUUCAGUAGUUGAUUAAUCUUACGAUCUACUUAUUGAACGGUGUAGUUACAUAUGUACAAUCUGUCUCUGUCUGUUCUGGGGCACUUCAUUUAUGAAUUUAAUCUUGAAUCUCUUAUGUGGGAUAAUGUGUAAUUCAAGACACUUAAUGAAAAAAUUGUUUAUUCAAUGAAAUUUCCAUAAGAAUAGACAGUCAAGAACAUUGUGCCAAUAAUUAUCACAUCGCUGUAUGAUAUUGAUAUUUUUUUUUAGUUGUGUAUAGUUAAAUAUAUGUACAUAUGUGUAUGUUAAA